ACCAAUGAUCCACCAGUCUUGAAGAAUCUGGAUCCAGCCCAUCAAGGCUCGCAUUCCCCAAGAUUAAGAACUAUAUUAGCAAUUUAACAUUAGGAGAGAAAGAUUGAAACUUUCCCAAGAUAAUUCAACAAAAACUAUGGGUGUCCUAGCAGCAGUAGGAGUGCUACUUCCAUUUCCAUACUACUACUGGUUAUGGACAAAUCCACAGUCAUGGGUGAAUCUUUGUGGGAAAGGGAGUGACCCAUGUAAAGUUAUGGCCUAUGUCUCUCAUUUCCUAAAGCUUCUUCAGUUCAUUUCUCUCUUUUCAGUCUCCUCUUUUUCCUGGCCGCCUCCUCUCUACUUCUGGCCUCUUUUCGGAUUUGGUCAAUUUCUCAACGUCAGGGUAUAUCGAUUGCUUGGUGAAUCGGGUACUUACUAUGGUGUACGCUUUGGAAAGAGCAUCCCCUGGGUGACAGAAUUUCCAUUUGGGGUUAUAAGAGAUCCUCAAUAUGUUGGAAGCAUUUUGAGCCUUCUUGCCUGUCUAUCAUGGGUCCCCUUCCAAUACAUUCUCUUGUGGAGUCUGGGAUAUGUGUUCAUGAUCCAUGUGGAAUCAAAAGAGGAUCUAGCUACUCGUGCAAAGCUACUUUCUUGAUUUCACUAGUUGCAGUUUGCUAACCAAUGAUCUUGAGGCAGCCAAUGGCAUUAGCUACAUGAAGGUCCCUGUUUUACUUUUAUCUAGUCUAAUUGCAUCUUUGAACAUUUACAUUUCAAUUUUGAUGAUUCUUUGUAGUGCUUAUGUCUCAUUGUUUCCAUGGUCACUAAGAAGGCUGUGCAGACUAUCCACAAAAAAUGCCUGUAGUUGAUAGCUGCAUUUAGUGACCUGAAUCGGAGUUAAAUAUGUUUGUGCUUUUGUAGCAUAGAAGUGUUUCUGUUAAACUAUUUGGAAACAGAUUUGGAAGGGUUAGAUUACAAGUGUGUAAGUGAA